UAACUUUUUUGAGUGGGUUAGUGGCGGCUUAAUCUUCGUUUUGAGAAUGAUGCGCCGUGUAAAAGGCGCUAUAAUGCAUCUUCAUUACAGUGUUUGGUUAGCGUUGUUAAGUAGCUGUAUCUCUCUCACCACAUCCGUCAGCUCUGCCGGUCCAGAGGUAACCUCAAAUCCCCAGGAUUAUAUCCCGGUUCCUCUUCUAAAAGUGUUAACGGAAAAGCCCGGCUGGGACUAUCAGAUUCCUACAAAACCCGAUUUAAAAUACAUGAAAAGACUAUAUACUAAGUGCGCUACGCAAGAUGGAAUACCGAAAAGACCUGCAGCUCAGCAAUAUAAUACUGUGAGGUUGCUGAAACCCCGGGUCGAAUUCCGUGACGCGGAAGAUGCGUUUGAACAGGAUGUAUUUUAUGGCUUGGAUCCUGUGACCUCGCGGGAGCAAUUGCUCCGAUCAGUGUUCCUGUACCCCAUCGAUAAAUCAGCGUGCUUUCCGACUGUGUGUAACUGCAGCUUCACCGUCCAGGAGGGGGAUCAUGCUCAGAUGUGCUCCAGCUCUCCGCAUUCAUACACCUUCCGCCUUCGCUUCGAACGCCGCAAGAGGCGCCAGUGGUUGGAGGUGGAACUCUCCUCCUUCCUGCAGCCGUUCAUCGGCCCCGACCGGGGGCAGCUACACGCGGUGUUCACCUAUAAGUGCACCGAGGCCUGCCGGAGACAGGGAGGUCGCAGCGGGCUCAGACCGAGCCUGCCGGCUCCUUCCCUGCUCCUGUUCCUCAACGACACCGGCGAAGAGUCACAUCGGAGUUGGCUGCCGACGGAUGCCCAGAGAAGCCUCCUCUCCGGUGGACGGAAGGGGAGGAAGGUGGCCGUGAGAUCCAUCCGACUCCGCAGAGAUCCCCAAGGUGGUGAGCAGGCGCUUCCCGCUGCCUUUCCGCCUUUCCCGUACCCGGAUCACGAGUGUCAGCUGCAUGACUUCCGACUGUCUUUUAGCCAGCUCCGGUGGGACCGCUGGAUCAUUGCACCGCAUAACUACAACCCUCGCUUCUGCAAGGGCAGCUGUCCCCGGGCACUGAGCCACCGCUACGGCUCCCCUGUGCACACUUUGAUCCAGAACAUCCUCUACGAAAAAGUGGAUUCUUCAGUUCCUCGCCCUUCCUGUGUCCCCGCCAAAUAUAAUCCACUGAGCGUGUUAACCCUGGAAAACGAUGGCUCUAUAGUUUACAAAGAGUACGAAGACAUGAUCGCUACGACCUGUACCUGCCGCUAGUGGGUGUUGCGUGCCUUAAGUUGGCGUGCUAGUUGGAAUGGAAAAUGUUGCUUCAAAAGCCAAGAAAAUCGCCAUAUGUACCAUAGUGAACUUUUAUUUAUAUAUAUUUGUUUUAUUUAUUUUCCUGCUUAGUGUUCGUUCUAGACUUAAAUGCCCAGGGUGGGCUGUGGUCCUCGAUUGUUAAACGGCCGUGUGAAUGACUUCCAAAUACCUCAUCUAACUCCCGAUUUUUCUUUUGAAACGUUUGUUUUUCCAAGUGUGCUGGUUUGUCCUCGUAACAAGUUUUUAAUGUUUAAAGCCGUACGAAGCGGAGUGUUGAUGUAGCUGUGAUGUGUCUUAAGUGACGUUUUUCUUGGCCAUGCAGGCAUGGAAAGUUGAGUACACCACGAUCACCAAUACUACCUUCACCUCUCCCUAAAUCCGCCCUUUAAAAAGUAACUUUUUUUAUUCAAACGUUUGGUGAUGUAGCAGAAUUUUAUUUGGGUGGGUUACCAGUAUUUAUUCAGAAUAGAUACGUUAAAUAAUUCUAAUCUUUCACAAACUGUGCACCACAGCCAGCAAUGAAAUGAGAAAUAUUUCCACUCGGCUGAAGUUCCAGUGACUUUCGACGCUCAACUGGAGAAAAUUCUUGUUUGGCUGCUAAUUAAAAUUUAUGAUGUAAAUUUUUAAAAACUUUUUUAAAGAAUACAUUGAGUGAGAAUGAAUCUUUUGCACAAUUGAAAUUUGUGGCACAAGACCCUGGUGGUAUCUGGUGUAGUUUGUGUAAAAUCUAUGAACAAUACUGAUGCAAGCUCUACAUGGAGAGUGAAGAUGUAAUAAAUAACUAUUGCAAAUAA